AUGUUAAACUUGUCUCCGUCGAGUUAUCGGAACAUUGAUGAUGGAGAGCGAACAGUGACGAGCAAGAAGGUCUACUCGAGAAGACCCUGGUAUGCGCCGCCUAUCGAUCCUAUAGAGAUUAUAAAGGAUCCUAUUGAACAGUAUAAUACAGGUUAUGAAAGUGACUACAAUUCUGAGCCAAGUGAAGAGUAUUAUGAGCAUGUGGAUAGUGAGCCAGUAAAUCCAAUUCAAGUCAAAGCUCUCGAUCAGGUGGAAUCUUCGGCAGCAAGCCCAAGAUACGAAACCGCUUCCACUGUCAGUACAGUUACGGAAUUCUCCAUUGCCAAUGCUAUAAAUUUAAGAGAAGCAGUGUUGGUAGCUCUAGGCGGUGCAAGUGCAGCGUUGGUGCUAUUAAUCGUGAUGGCAGGAGUUUUUUGCGCUCGUCGACGCAAAAACAGCCCAAGCCCAGCCCCAUCUCCACCAAUUUUGGUGUAUCCUCCUCAUGAUAUCGCUGCUUCGUGUUAUUUGACUAAGGAAGUCAACUUCUCGUUGCCAACCCUGCGCUCUUCCUCAUUGGGGGAGCUUCGUGACGUCAGUGUAUCGAGCCUGAAUAGUGACGUGCUCAUCCCUCCCACGUCCUACCAGUACCGCUCCAAUUCAUUCACAAACACUACUGAUCUUGGAGUAUUGGAUCCAUCUCUCUACAAAGCUGACUGUUUGGUAGAAGAUCAACUUUGGCCCGAAGGACAUGUGGGACGGGUGUGGUUUACCUUGAAAUAUGAAUCCGGCACUGAGAGGCUCCAAGUGCACAUUAUAAAGGCGAAGCAUCUACCUUCACGCACACCGGCUCUUGCAAAUGCAUGCGACCCCUAUAUUAGAAUUCAACUUAUGCCGGACGAACGGAGAGUUUUGCAGACGAAACAGAAAAAGAAGACCUGCAACCCAUUCUUCGACGAGACAUUCGUGUACCAAAUUCCACCUGGUAAAUUAGAAACGCUAACCCUGAAACUUUCGGUUCUGGACAUUGGAAGGGUUGGUAAAAACAAACAAUUGAUCGGCCAUAUCAUUCUACCACUGAGUGAGCUCGAAGGAGUGGCUCCGGACGAGGAACCACAACUUUAUAAAUUAGACGUUGAGAAGGAAGUACAAGAUCCAACAUCGGACUUGGGAGAAGUUCAAGUAUCUUUGCUGUACAAUGAAAACUUGAACCGGCUCACUGUCACUGUUAUAGAAGCACGAAGUCUAAAGCUGGAUCCGUCUUCAAGUAGACGGGAGGUGAUAGCUAGAGUGACUCAAGAAAGAGCAUGUCGGGGAGUAAGGGCUCGUAGAACGGCCGCUGUUGAAGUAUCUGAGGAGGGGAAUGCUUUGAUCUCCGAAUGUUUUCACUUUAGACUACGACCUGAUGAGUUGCACACUACCAGUGUUACGGUGCAGGCCCUACAACCUCACUCCGUAUAUGCCAAAGAUCGUCUUCUCGGUAAGUUUGUACUUGGAUCAUACAUGUUCACUAGAGGAAGAGCUCUACAACAUUGGAACUCGGCGAUAUCAAGCCCAAUGGAACAAGUGAAACAAUGGCACCCGCUCACAAACUAA